AGGAAAAGAGGAAAAAUUUGGAAAUCGGAGACAAAGCGUAACCAUCGGUUGAAAUCGCAGAGAAAUUGUUUGUUGAUUGGGAGAAAGAGGGAUUCCGGAGUCAAAAUUGGAAAGGAAUUGUAGCAAUUCUGUCGAAAAACAAUUAAAAAUGGUGGAAAACAAAGCUGAGAUUCCAGAGAAGUACGAUUUGAAUGCGAAAUGGGACGCCUGUGUCGAUUUAAGCGUGCGCCGCUUCGUCUACUCGUCUUUCGCCGGCGGUUUCGCCGGACUUCUCCUCUUCCGAAGUCCUGUAACGCGCUGGGCUUCAGUAGCGUUUGGUGCCGGGCUGGGGGUCGGCUCUGCAUACUCAGAGUGUGCGCAUAAGUUCGAUACUUCGUCACCAAAAUUGGCUCCUAACGUUUCUGAGACGACUCUGCCUGAGACUACGGAAGAAUAGAGAAACAACUUCAUUUCCUAGGAUUCGACUUCCAUUUUCCCUAUAUUUUCAUCGUCUCGACUUAGAAAAUACAUUUCCAAGAUUAUUGUUCACGCCACUCAAUAACACAUUGAUCUAUUGCACUCUUGUCAUAAAUGCUAUCUCUUAUCGAUUGAAUCUCUGGCCUGAACCUAGUCGGAGAUUGCGAUGAUCCUUGUUUAUGAAUGUUGGCUCGUAUUUUACUUUUUAAUGUAAAGGAUUAUAAGAAA